UCGUUUGAUCAUGGAAGCCAUCUCUUUCCCACCACAACAGCAGAGUCAACAUCCCACGAAUUCCCAGAAAGGCUGUAAGAGUGAGAAUGCAGCCCCCCUUCUCUUGCCUCCACCCUUAUUUUUCCCUUCCUCUCGUCCUAUGUUGUAUAUAAUAAAUUGUACUCCUCCUCCCCCUCAACACUCACCUCAUCCUCUUCGCUCGCUUUCUAUUUGGUCCUCAAUUUACCACCAAUACCAAUCCCCCCCCCCGGCUUACCAUCUCUAUUCUAGACAUGACCAACGUGGUGGAAGUGAAAGUCGGUUUGCACUGUGACGACUGUAUCAAGAAAAUCCUCAAAGCCAUCAAGAAGAUCCAAGAUAUUGAGACCUAUAACGUGGACACGCAGCUAAACAAGGUCACCGUUACAGGAAACGUCACAACGGAACAAGUCAUUAGAGUUCUCCACAAGAUUGGAAAGAACGCCACCGCCUGGGACCAAUUCACGUCAAAUUGAACCCUCAACGAUCAACUCUCAGUUCUAUAUUACAAAUGACUCUGCAGGCGCGACAUGAUACAAUCAGUGAAAAAUCUGUAGUAGGCACUAGUAGUAUCUUUGAAGAGAUUAGAUGCACAUAAUCCUGCCAUCUUUCGCCUUCUUCAGCAGGAUACCGUUAUAAUAUUCAGUUUUUACCAACAUAAAAAGGAACUUGACUUCA